AUGGACGACACCCUCAAGAAGUCCGUCGCGGCGUCCGUGGGCGCAGUCAUCACGUCCUUCGUGGUGCCGCUCGAGGUAGUGAAGACGCGCUUGCAGGUUCAAGCACCCGCUGUGGCUCAUGUAUCGCCAGCUGUGCAAAAGUGCCCAUACUACAAUUUCUCCAAUGGAUUAAUGGAUACGAUGCUACCCAAGCAGCGUCUUCUAAAGCAAUGCAAAUGUUCACCACAGCAGAUCUGCUCGCCGCCCAAGCCUGACAGCACGCUAUUUACAAUGGCUCGCAUCGUGCGGCUUGAAGGCCCAUUGGCGCUGUAUGCCGGAUUACCGCCCACACUGCUUACGGCUAUCCCGUCAACUGCCGUGUACUUCACCUCGUACGAAAUGCUGCUCCAACGCCUUAAAACAGCUUUUCCGGAGCAAAACCAUGGUCUUUUGGCGAUGGCAUCCGGUAGCAUUGCACGUGCAGCUGCGACCACGAUCUUCUCUCCUUUCGAGUUGAUUCGCGUCCAGAUGCAAGCUGUCGCCAAUGCGCAUCCGUUCGCGACAUACGUGCGGCUAGUAUGGCAAGGCGGGGUCCGGCAGCUGUUCGCUGGUCUUGGCGCCACAUUAGCAAGGGAUAUUCCAUUCUCGGCCUUCUACUGGUACGGCAUUGAGACGUCCAAGGAGUUUCUGACUGACCGAGUCCCUAUCGCCGACGCCCAGACGAAGCGAGUCUCGGUCGCCUUUAUCUCAGGUGUACUGGCCGGCGUAUUGGCCACAAUCUCCACUCACCCAUUCGAUGUGGUGAAAACGCGGUCGCAGCUGGCCGUAUACUCAAAAGAUAUGGCUCCAGUGCCAUCGUUUGCACAGCUGCUACGACAGGUGUGGGAAUCUGAGGGCGCUCGGGGCAUGACAGCCGGAUUGGUGCCGCGAGUCGUUAAAGUCGCACCAGCGUGCGCCAUUAUGAUUUCUUCGUACGAGGCCAUUAAGCAGGCCUUCAACGUGGAGUAA